UUUAGUUAGAUAAUGUCCACGACACUGUUCUAUUGGAUUUGUCUUCGUAGAUAUUUAUAUAUUCUUGGUAAAGAAGAGUUGCACCUAAAGGGUAUUGUUUAUCUAAUUAGGGCAACGUAGUGGUAUUCGUUUUUGGGAAAAUUCGAAUUAAUAACUUUAUGAUGACCUUCAUAAAGCUUCCAGCAAGAUUACGAACAUAUAAAGAUGCUCCAUCUUGGAGUCUAAGCUGGUCUAAAUUAUCUAUGUUGGGCUUCUAUUACGUAUAUGAUGAUAGAUCUAUAAGAUGUUUUGAGUGUGGUUGUAUAAUUACAAACUUUGAAAAUUUAAAUAUGCAGUCAUUAAUUCAUAAAUCGGGUUGUUCAAUGCAACGUGAAUUGGAAAAGAAUAAAGCUGAAAAAAUGACUCUAAGUCUUACAAGUUUUCCUUCCUCAGGCUGUACAAAUUCACUUUCAUUAUCUUCAUUCUCUUCGUCAAACGAGGAAAAUCGGGAACAAUUUCAAAAAAAUUCACUGGAAGAUGACAGUAUUUCAUCAAACGAUUCGGAUUGUUGCGAUUCGUGCAUUGAUAAUAAUCUGGAUAGAACGUUUUUAAAAGACGAUUUGCAAAAAGUCUCUCAAAGAUAUUUAACUUUUAAAGAUUGGCCCCUUAAAAAUGUCAUUGAAGCAAAAGAGCUUGCAGAGGCAGGAUUCCAUUAUUUGGGAGUUGGAGACAGAGUACAAUGUUUCCAUUGCAAUGGAAUACUCCGCAAAUGGAGCUAUGGAGAUAAACCAUUAGUUGAACAUUUAAAACAUUUUCCACACUGUUCAUAUGCACUUAAUAAACGAAAUAAUAUUUAA